CAGCCUUCUGAGUACCUGUGCAUAGUCAUAUCAGUGCAAAGUAUAUACAAAAGAAAAUAGUUGCUUGAAAAAAAAGCAGCCUUCUGAGUAGAUUUGCAAAGGCAUAGCCAUAUCGGUGCAAAAUAAUAAACAGGACAAAAUCUAAAUAUGUCUACAGAGUACCUUUGUAUGGGCAUAUCUGUGCAGAAUCCAAAUAAAAUUCUAACUUAAAAAAUGUUCCUCUCUAAAAUCAGUAUCUGUCUCGAAAAUCCCAUAUUGGUCGUUCUCUUACCACAAUACAGUCCCAAAAGCUGACUUGUUCAAUUUUAAUAAAACUGACCGGAAGUUGUGUGGUAUUUACUCUGUUCCAGAUACUUUUAUUUUGAACUCAUUGACCGGAAGUGAUGCAUCCUCAUCAGAAGCAGCUUGACAGUGGUGUGAAGAUGGCGGCGUACAGUUACUCUCAGCUGCUGCCGCUGCUGUUGUCGUCUCUGUGUCUCUGCGGCUUUGGCUCCGUCCUCGGCUCCAAGGCGGCCAGCGGCCCGGCCGAGCCGCCCAACCCGCCGGUCCUCCGAGCCGCCGAUCCCCCGGCCAAGGAUGCACCUGCCGCGGCUGCCGCUGCUGCUGCCGCCGCUGCCGCCGCUGGGGCCUCUCAGCCUCGAAGGGCGACCGGCUGGAAGCUGUCGGAGGAGGAGGCCUGCCGGGAGGACCUGUCCCGCCUCUGCCCCAAGCACACCUGGACCAACAACCUGGCCGUGCUGGAAUGCCUGCAGGACCGCAGAGAGGAAUCUGACAUCGCUCCUGACUGUAACCAUCUGCUGUGGAACUAUAAACUCAACCUGACAACAGAUCCAAAGUUUGAGUCUGUGGCUGCAGAAGUCUGCAAGAGCACCAUCAAUGAGAUUAAGGAGUGUAACGAGGAGGAGCGGGGGCGGGGCUACCUGGUGUCCUGCCUGGUGGAUCACCGUGGCAACGUGAGCGAGUACCAGUGCAACCAGUACAUCACCAAGAUGACCAGCAUCAUCUUCAGCGACUUCCGGCUGAUCUGCGGCUUCAUGGACAAAUGUAAAGAGGACAUCAACACGCUGCGCUGCGGCAGCAUCAACGUGGGACACAAGGACGUCCACUCUCAGGGCGAGGUCAUCGCCUGUCUGGAGAAGGCGCUGGUGAGGGAGGCGGAGCAGAAGGAUCACGCCCGACCAAUCAAAGACGAGUGUCAGAGGGCGAUCCUGCGCGUGGCCGAGCUGUCGUCAGACGACUUCCACCUCGACAGACAUCUUUACUUCUCCUGCAGAGACGACCGCGAGAGAUUCUGUCAGAACACUCAGGCCGGAGAAGGGAAAGUCUACAAAUGUCUGUUCAAUCACAAGUUUGAGGAGGCGAUGUCAGAGAAGUGCCGUGACGCUCUGACCACCCGUCAGAAGCUGAUCUCUCAGGACUACAGGGUCAGUUACUCUCUGGCUAAAGCCUGUAAGGCGGAUCUGAGGAAGCAGCGCUGCAGCCUCGACACCAACCUGCCUCGAGCCCGCGAGGCUCGGCUCUCAUACCUGCUGCUGUGUCUGGAGGCUGCCGUGCACCGCGGUCGUCCGGUCAGCGGCGAGUGUCAGGGCGAGAUGUUAGACUACCGGCGGAUGCUGAUGGAGGAUUUCUCUCUGAGUCCGGAGAUCGUGCUGCACUGCCGAGCCGAGAUCGAGACGCACUGCUCCGGGCUGCACCGCAAGGGCCGCACGCUGCACUGCCUGAUGAGGAUCGGCCGCGGCGACCGCAGCACCACCGUGGACAGCGCCUGCCAGAACGCCCUGCAGACUCUGAUCCAGUCUGCCGACCCCGGAGCAGACUACCGGAUCGACCGAGCGCUUAACGAGGCCUGCGAGUCCGUGAUCCAGACUGCCUGCAAACACAUCCGCAACGGAGAUCCCAUGAUCCUGUCCUGUCUGAUGGAGCACCUGUACACAGAGAAGAUGGUGGAGGACUGUGAGCACCGGCUGCUGGAGCUGCAGUAUUUUAUCUCCAGAGACUGGAAGCUGGACCCCGUCCUGUAUAAGAAGUGUCAGGGUGACGCGGCUCGUCUCUGUCACACACACGGCUGGAACGAGACGAGCGAGCUGAUGCCGCCGGGCGCCGUCUUCUCCUGCCUGUACCGCCACGCCUACAGGACCGAGGAGCAGGGCCGCCGGGUGAAGCGAGCGGAGCAGUUAUCUCGGGACUGUAAGGUGGAGGUUCAGAGGAUUCUCCACCAGAGGGCGCUGGAUGUGAAGUUGGACCCUGAGCUGCAGAAACGCUGCAUGACUGAUCUCGGCAAGUGGUGCAGCGAGAAGACGGACACCGGACAGGAGCUGGAGUGUCUGCAGGACCACCUGGAGGACCUUGUGUCUGCCUGCAGGGAGGUGGUGGGGAACCUGACUGAGCUGGAGUCAGAGGACAUCCAGAUCGACGCUCUGCUGAUCAGAGCCUGUGAACCCGUCACUCAGGCCCACUGCCACGACGUGGCUGAUAACCAGAUCGAUACCGGAGACUUGAUGGAGUGUUUGGUUCAGAACAAACAUCAGAAGGAGAUGAACGACAAAUGUGCCGUCGGCGUCACACACUUCCAACUGGUUCAGAUGAAAGAUUUCCGGUUCUCCUAUAAGUUUAAGAUGGCCUGUAAGGAGGACGUCCUCCGCUUGUGUCCAAACAUCAAGAAAAAGGUGGACGUGGUGAUCUGUCUCAGCACCACAGUGAGGAACGACACGCUGCAGGAGGCCCGCGAGCAGCGAGUGUCUCUCAAGUGUCGCAAACAGCUGAGGGUGGAAGAGCUGGAGAUGUCAGAGGAUAUCCGGUUGGAGCCGGAGCUGUACGAUCCCUGUAAGUCCGACAUCAGCCGACUGUGUCCCAACGUGGCGUUUGGGAACGCUCAGAUGAUCGAGUGUCUGAAGGAGCAGAAGAAGCAGCUCAGUCAGCGCUGCCACCAGCGCAUCUUCAGGCUGCAGGAGGUGGAGAUGACCGACCCCGAGCUCGACUACCAGCUGAUGAGAGUCUGCAAGCAGAUGAUCAAGCGGUUCUGCACCGACGCCGACGCCAGAAACGUCCUUCAGUGUCUGAAACAGAACAAGAACAGCGAGCUGAUGGACCCAAAGUGUAAACAGAUGAUCACCAAGAGACAGAUCACACAGAACACCGACUACAGGUUGAACCCGGUGUUGAGGAAAGCGUGUCGAGCAGACAUCCCAAAGUUUUGCCAGCCGAUCUUGAACAAAGCGAGCGAGGACAGCGAGCUGGAGGGUCAGGUGAUCGCCUGCCUCAAACUCAAAUACGCCGACCAGAGGUUGUCUCCGGACUGUGAAGAUCAGAUCAGAGUGAUCCUGCAGGAGUCGGCGCUCGACUACAGACUCGACCCGCAGCUGCAGAUGCACUGCACAGAUGAGAUCACCAGGUUGUGUGCGGAGGAGGCAGCAGCUCAGGAGCAGACUGGUCAGGUGGAAGAGUGUCUGAAAGUCAACUUACUGAAAAUUAAACAGGAGGGCUGUAAAAAGGAGGUCCUGAACAUGCUGAAGGAGAGCAAGGCCGACAUCUUCGUGGACCCGGUCCUGCACACGGCCUGCGCUCUGGACCUCAAACACCACUGUGCCGCUAUCACACCGGGCAGAGGACGACAGAUGUCGUGUCUGAUGGAGGCGUUACAGGACAAGAGAGUUCGUCUGCAGCCAGAGUGCAAGAAAAGACUUCAAGACCGCAUCGACAUGUGGAGCUACGCUGCAAAAGUGGCGCCAGCGGAGGGCUUCUCAGACCUCGCCGUGCAGGUGAUGACAUCACCCUCCAAGAACUACAUCCUGCUCAUGAUCGCCCUGAGCGUGUGCGUGCUCUUCCUGGUGGGGCUGCUGUGCGGCCGCAUCACCAAGCGAGUGACGAGAGAGCUGAAGGACCGGUAAGAGGACGAGAGCGCUCUGACGAUAGACUGACUCCUCCUCGCACCUCCUCCUCCUUCUCCUCCUCCUCCUGCUCCUCCUCUCUCAGAUGCCCGGUCUGUAACCAGCCAACCUGCACAGUGCCAACGCCAGCGCCCACAUCUGGAGCUCCUCCUUGGCUGCUGCUGAAAGAUUUGCAUCCAAUGCAAAGAAAACGGCCCCCUAAACUCUCACGAAAAUCUCCAUUUGGGCAUCUCCAAACUCCAAACUGGAGCGUUUUUCUUUUUCCUCUCCAAUUCCGUUUCUCCCUCCAACGAUUCUGCUUCUGUCGAGGAUGUGUGUUCGGGGUCGGAUGUGAGGUCGUCCGGCAUCUUUUUAAGUUUCUGAAUAAGCGCUGUUGAUGAUGUGACUGAGGGCUGCUGCUGCUGCUUCAGAUCGCUUUCCACUUCGAGUCCUGAUGCUUUUUGGUGAUAUUUAACAGAGACUGGAGCAUGUAGAGCAACAGGAAGUUUCUUUUCUUUUCUAGCAGCUGCCUGAAUCGCACAUGGAGCAACUAAACUCUUAAAGAUUGGCGUUUCCCUGUUGCUUGAAACAUUUUCUCAUCGAUCGUGACGUCCCGUCCUCUUCACUUCCUGUACAGGAUCACAUCUGGCUCGAAAGAUUUGGAUUCUUCUGGAUGUUCUCACCUCGUCCCCUGUUCUCUGUUGCCUUUAAUGAACAAAAUCUGUCUCAUAACUCACAGAGAGACAUCUACAUCUUCUGCAUUUAAUAACAGAACAAUCUGCCUGUGCACAAACAGCAUUUUUUUGUGUUUUGAGAGGAAAGACGUGAUUGUUAAUAUGGAUAUAGCAUUUAAACAUGUAAAAACAAAUUUAAUUUAUGCAUCAAUGACGCUAAAGUUCAAAUCUCACGAUUAAACCUGCACUGAGCUGCUAACAUGUGAAAUGAUUUCCCGUCAGGUCGCAUUUACUCUUUUAUUUGUUGCCCUUAUUAUAUUUUUUUUUAUUUGUUUCCACCUACAUUUAAAGUGCAUUUACACUCAAAACUACCUGCAUGUGAACAAACAGUAGAUGAACAAAAAAACAGUUGGAAAUACAGGUGCAUACAAGAUAAUUAUUUCCAUUUUUUAAAAUGACAUUUUACAAAGAAAGAAUAGAUAGAACGAUAAUAGGUUUUUCUUUUUAAACUAGGCAGGAUGAAAUAGCCUAGCGUAGCAUUAAAACUGGUGGCAGGGGGCAAAAAAAAAA